CCACUGGAGACUUUUCUUUUACUCAUUAGGCCCAUGGGCCUUAGGCCCAUAAACACCCUGUAUCUCAGCCCAACUCCCUUCCCGCCGCCACAAUGACAUGUUUGAGAGUCCAGUCAGUCAGUCAGCCGCGCGUCGACGACACUCAUCGGAGACCUCCGAACCACCACCGCGCUCAUGAGCUGAGCAACCGCUCUCAGCUCCCAACUCCCUUCCCGCCGCCACAAUGACAUGUUUGAGAGUUCAGUCAGUCAGUCAGCCGCGCGUCGAGCCGACGACACUCAUCGGAGACCUCCGAACCACCACCGCGCUCGUGAGCUGAGCAACCGCUCUCAGCUCCCUCUCUCUUUCUGUCUCUCUCUCUCUAAACUGCCCGCCUCACGGCAUCCCAACUCUCGCUUCCUCCAUUUCUCGCUGACAUGAAACCCCACAACCUCAAGCUCCUUGCCUCCCAAAACCUCAAGUCCCUCUUACCAGGAGCCCACCGCCGCCGGCAGUUCUCCCCCCAGUUCUCUUCCUCCGCCUCACAGCUCGAAACCCAAGGCCUGGCCAACGAGAUCACUCCCAAGGUGCUCCUGAGCUCGGUCCGGUCCUCUCAGUGGCAUUUCAUCGAACAGCUCGCGCCACAGCUCACUCCCUCCCUCAUCUCCACCACCCUCUCGUGCCUCCACAAGACCCCCGAGCUCGCGCUCGACUUUCUAUCCCGCAUCAACCCCCAAUGCCUCCCGGAUGCCAAGACUCUCUGCCUUGGCGCAGCAAUAGCCUCCCGCAUCCCGUCCCCGAAGCCAGCAUUGCAACUCCUGAACCGGAUCGUUAGCAGCAGUGCUCUCCCGGUGAAAGAAGUAUUCGACGAGCUGGCGGUGUGCCAUGCUCAAUUGGGCUCGAAAAGUAGCAUCGUCUUCGAUUUUCUUAUACGGGCUUGCUGCGACCUGAAGAGGGCUGAUGAGGCAAUGGAGUGCUUCUACAUGAUGAAAGAGAAGGGCUUCUUGCCCAAGAUUGAGACUUGCAACAGUCUGCUCAGUUUGUUCCUUAGGUUGAAUAGGACUGGGUCGGCGUGGGUUCUGUAUGCUGAGAUGUUCCGGUUGAGGAUUGGUUCGACCGUCUAUACUUACAAUAUAAUGAUCAAUGUGCUGUGCAAGGAGGGGAAGUUGAAGAAGGCCAAAGAGUUUGUCGGUACCAUGGAGUGUUUGGGCAUUAAGCCCAACGUUGUCACGUAUAAUACACUUAUCCACGGGUAUUGCGUGAACAGGAGGGUCGAAGGAGCUCUGUUGAUUUUUAAUACAAUGAAGUGUAAACGGAUUGAACCUGAUGCAUAUUCAUUUGGAUCAAUUAUUGCCGGGAUGUGCAAGGUGGGAAGGCUUGAGGAGGCGUCAGGCUUUCUCGGUAAAAUGUUUGAAGCUGAGUUGAUUCCUACUGCUGUGACAUAUAAUGCCUUGAUUGAUGGGUAUUGUAAUAAAGGCGACCUGCAGACAGCUUUUAGAUAUCGGGAUGAGAUGGUGAAGAAGGGCAUCAAACCGACUGCUUCUACCUUCAAUUUAUUGAUCCAUGCCAUAUUCAUGGAAGGAAAAAUGAGCGAAGCUGAUAAUCUGAUAAAGGAGAUGGAAGAACAGGGGGUGCUCCCUGAUGCCAUCACAUAUAAUAUCUUGAUCAAUGGGUACUGCAGGUGUGGGAAUGCAUCGAAAGCCUUUAAGCUCCGAGACGAGAUGUUAGGCAAAGGAAUUCAGCCCACGCGAGUAACUUAUACAUCCCUUAUUUACGUUUUGGGAAAACGUGACAGAAUGAAAGAAGCCGAUGAAUUGUUCAAGAGAGUUAGAAAAGAUGGAAUUGCCCCUGAUCUUGUGAUGUUUAAUGCUCUAAUUGAUGGCCAUUGUGCCACCGGAGGAGUGGAGCGAGCUUUCUCACUUUUGGAGGAGAUGGACGAGAUGAAGAUUUCUCCUGAUGAAGUGACCUACAAUACCCUUAUGCAAGGACUCUGCAGGGACGGGAAAGUUGAGGAAGCUCGUGGGCUUAUUGAUGUGAUGAAGGGAAGGGGAAUAAAGCCUGAUUUUGUCAGUUACAACACCCUUAUAAGUGCUUAUAGCAAGCGAGGAGAUAUGAAGGAAGCCUUCAGAACUCGGGAUGAGAUGUUGAAUAUCGGCUUCAAUCCCACACUACUCACUUACAAUGCACUGAUUCAAGGACUGUGCAAGAGUGGUGAAGGGGUUCGUGCUGAGGAGCUCCUAAAGGAAAUGGUUAGCAAAGAGAUUACUCCCAAUGACAGCACCUACAUUUCGUUGAUAGAGGGAAUGAAGCAAGAUGAUGACACUGAAGGGAACAGCUGAUCGUAUUUAUAUGCUCGUGAGCUGUUACGUAAUCUGAUGAGAACGAUUCAGACAGAUUCGUACAUGUUCUGUUUGUGAGCUGAAUCGCACUACUUCAGAGUCCAACUAUAUCACGGUGGAGCUAUAAUCCAUCAUGAAUUUGCAAGGUGUACUCUGACCCUUCACAUAUUCUAUCUGGAGAUAUAUUUACCGGUUAGAUGGCAACUAGUUAUUCAGAAUUGUGAUAAUGCUGUAUAAUCUGCAUAAGUUGAUAGAAACAAAAAUGCCGUGUUAUAAUUGUGUUCUAUAAAUCAUAGUAGUCCGAAUUUUCUUUUGCA